ACAUCCCCAGGCAGCAAACCGCGUCCUCGAGCCUUCUUUUGUCUCCCUCGACCUUAUUGCUCCCACGCCUGGUGUGUGUGCUCUGCCUCCGCGUUCCAACGCCCUUUCCCCGUGUCAAAACGUUGCGGCUUGACUCAUCCAAUCACCAAGCCGAAAGCCACACCUUUUCUUAAUUAUUCCUUCUUUAAGUCCAAGAUUUCUCUCUCAGUUCAAAGAUUAAGGAUUUCCAACUUCGCCAUGGCCAGCUCCCUUGCUAUUAAGUCCUACCGGAUAUCACGUGCCCCGGGUUCGUCCAGUGACUGCUCGUACGACCCCUUUGCGAAGCUGGUCUUCGAGCCGUCGAUCGAGUCCGACGAACUCUUCGAUGCCCUGCGGGACGCAUAUCCCGCUCUGAAAACCCAUACCGAGAGGAAGAAGCAGGCGGUUCUGGACUUUCUCAUGGAGGAACGACAGGCCAUUGAUCAUGAGAUUACCGCUUUUGUCCAACAAACCGGCACCGCCGUCCCUACAGCCACAUCCACUCCCUACUCGGCUCCUUCCGUCACCGACGGCCGGAAAUCUUCUACCUCUGCCUCUUCCUCGUCCCCAUCUGCUUCUUCCAGGAGUGGAGGGUCGAGUCCUGAGAUGAUGACGCUGAAGGACAUGACGAACGUGUGGACUGCCAAUGGUGACAAGCCAAAGAUUCAUACGAGAAGGUCUAUGACAACCAAGGAAAAGGAAGAGUACCGCCGCCGGAGGCAGAUGAAGGCGUGCAAAGAGUGUCGCAGCCGUAAGAGGAAGUGCAACCACGACGCUUCCUCGCCUUCUGACUCUAGAGUGAACUCAAAGGUGAAGAAACGGUCUUCAGCAGGUUCAUCGCCGUCUCUCUCACAUAAUGUUGCUUUCGCAGCCAGUCAGGGUCAAUUGCCGAUAGGGCAAUGUGAUAGUUCUAAUUGGGCCGAAACAACCCUUACGGCCUUGAAUGGCCCUUUAGACUUCCUCGAUUUCUCCCCGACAGCUACCGACGGAUCCUUCGAUGACUUCCUCCUUCUUCCGAACGACGAUUUCUCCAUGGGUCUGGCUACCGACCCCCUGUUCAACACGGCGCCGGCGCAUAUGCAGCCCUUCGACGCCUUCAUGGAUCCGUUUGUCGGCAUGCCUGCUCUGCAAUCCCACACCCCUCGCGACACGCGCUCACAAUCCUCUGGCAUGGCAAGCACGCCAUCGACGGCCAUGGUCUCCCCCUCCCAAACAAGCCUUGACACAACACAAGACUGGAGCUAUGGCUUCGGAAGCACUGGCUUUGAUCAACUAGCAGCAUCAUCGGAUGCCAUGGCCACCUCGGGCGGCGCGCAACAACAACUACAUGGGGUUUGGCGCUUGCCUGAUGAGAGCACUGGGGACGGCACGAUUGCGAACCACACGCUCAUUGCCAACUCUCCGUCAUAUAGCCAGGGAUCUCGUCGCGGCACUGUAACUGCCCGUGGUCACACUAGAGCAUCGCCACUGAACACUGGCGUGCUUCCAUCCAGCACCCAUGCUUCACUGUCCAGCAUUGGGUCGCCAAGUGUUGAUGUCGGCCACUCUCCAACAAGCUCUGGGCCAUCAGUUCUUGAUGUUCGGGCUUCACGCUCUCCACUCCAAAAUGCGCCAAUGCCAUCAUCGCAAUCACGCAGCCAGCUUGUUCCCCACGACCACGACUUCGUGAUCGAUGGUCUCCACGUUCACGCUGAUCCCAGCGCGUCAUCCCGCUUUGGAGAACACGGGAGCUCGCUUACGCGUGGCUCAUCUGGUAGAAGCAGUACCGGUAGCAGGCAUGAAGAUCUCGCCAGCUCGCCCGACAACAGCGGGGAGCUGUCCAGCCGUGCAAACUCGUCUUCUGACAGCCGCGCGCAAAGCUCUGGCACAGGCGACACUGGUAUUGCUAGUUCAUCUUCUCUCCGAGUCGCUCAGAUGCCGCAGCACUAUCCCGCGGCUCCAGGAGGCCUUAGGAGAGGUGAGAGCACGGAAGUGUUUACGCCAUCCAUGGGCAUUGCUACCAGCUCUUCCGAGGAAGCACAGAGACAAGCCAAUGCGAUUUCUGCGCAACGCAGAAGCAGCGUGACACUAAGAAGUGCGCAGAGCCUCGCCAACGCAUCGCCGUCAGGCGUACUCAAUGCACGUCCGAACCGCACGAGCGACAGCCACGUCGCAGCGGCCCGGUCGAGCAGGACUGACAGGGCCAUUGGCAUCAGCUCCAACGAGCCCAACAAUAACAGCAACGGCAACAGUGUUGCCGCGAGCAAUACCACGUCCGCGCACGCGCGCCCUCUCACGACUGAGAGCGGCGCGCAGUCUGGCUCCAUGGUUCCCGCCAGGGAUACCAGUGCCAGCAGCAACAGCGGCAACAGCAGCACCACCGCGCGUGCGAACGCCCAGGCACCCGUCAUUGCUGCGCCCAACAAUUGCUCAGGCAAUGGCACCAAUAAUCGCAACCCCGCGCAGCCAAAUCCAAAUGCGACGAACGCAACGAGCGUUGCAACGGCGCUGUCGCCCUUAUCCGCGCCACUCUCGCCCUUACCACCGUCCGCGUCCGCGUCCGUGUCCACGUCCUCGCUAUGCGGCACCGUCCUCGCAGCCGUCCUGUCACAACUCGUUGCCUACGCCGUCGCGCUUGCGAUGGCCGCUGCAACGAUGACCUCGCUCAGCGCGCAGAACCGACGUCCACUGCUUCCGGCAAGGAAGCGCCGCGGUGUCGGAGCGCUGCUGUGUGCAGAGCGGGGCGGCGACCCGGUCAUGGCGAGCUGUCGGCUCGUGACGAGGUGUGUGCGUGUUUGAGUGGGCUUGUGGGGGUGGUGUGCUGCUGCGUUUAGCGGGCGUUUGUUUGGGUGUUUGAUGUUUGAUGUUUUCUUUUUUGGUUCAUUGGUUGAGUGAUUGUUCGAUUGUUUGGACACGCGUGCGUGCAUGUAUGUGUUCGGAGGCGUAAUUGGGUGGGGAAAAGCUAGGUUGGGAUGGGAUGGCGGUUGCUAUUGUUUUUCGUCUUUUUCGGUUUGCUUUUGUCUUCUUCUGAUACCGUCUUCUUCUGAUACCGGUACUGUACGUGCCUAACUAUCCGAGAAACCGAUUUCUUCCUCAACAAACAGCAGUGUCGCGAGAUCUAUCCGUCUAUCUAUCUACAUUGGCUGGGUACAUCACGUCGGUGCACUUUGGAUUUCUUUACAAAAUGUCACUUCCACUACAGACAUGAUGAAUGUUUAAAAUACGUAACCCGAUGAAAGCACUUUUGGGCUUUUGAAGGCCGAACGUGUCGAACUCUUUGACGCU